AGCAGCCCUCGCCUGGCCGUGAAUCACACCCGAGCCCAGCCCCGCCAACCCGCCUGGCUGCGCUGGGCUGAAGGGUGCCGGCUGCCCUGGGCACGCGCUUGGAUUGAAUGGUUUCAUAAUAAGGAUAGUUGCCUCCAGGAGAGGUGCGGGGGGGCUGCGUCCUCCAGAAAUGCUGAAUUCGGUACUCUGCAAAACUAGCGUAUGGAUUUUUAGCACCUGAAGAACAAGAAAAGGUCUCAGAUUCUGGAUACUGUCUGUGGGAUUUUUUUUUAUUACUAUUUUUUUUUAUUAUCAUUUUUGAUUGGCUUUUUCCCCUUUCUCGGAUGUGAGUCGAAGGCCAACAGUCGAAGUGCUGGAAGCAAGUGCAGGAGGACGCUCACCUUGUUUUGUUUGAACCCUUGUUUGCUGGGAUACUUUCAAGCCCUCCUUCACAGUCAUGUGGUCAUCACAGCUGCUGUUCUUCACAGUGCUCUUAACACCGUUAGCCCAUGCUUUCAGCCGAGCCCCGGUCCCCAUGGCUGUGGUCCGAAGGGAGCUGUCCUGUGAGAGUUACCCCAUCGAGCUCCGCUGCCCGGGAACAGAUGUUAUCAUGAUUGAAAGUGCCAACUAUGGGAGGACUGACGAUAAAAUCUGUGACUCUGAUCCUGCUCAGAUGGAGAAUAUCCGCUGUUAUCUGCCAGAUGCCUAUAAGAUUAUGACUCAAAGAUGCAGUAAUCGGACCCAAUGUGCAGUUGUGGCUGGCCCUGAUGUGUUUCCAGACCCUUGCCCUGGGACAUAUAAAUACCUAGAAGUUCAGUACGAAUGUGUCCCUUACAAAGUGGAACAAAAAGUUUUUCUUUGCCCUGGAUUGCUAAAAGGAGUAUACCAGAGCGAACACUUAUUCGAAUCUGACCACCAGUCCGGUGCCUGGUGCAAAGACCCUCUGCAGGCAUCUGACAAGAUCUACUACAUGCCCUGGACACCAUACCGAACAGACACACUGACGGAGUACUCCUCCAAGGAUGACUUCAUUGCCGGGAGGCCAACCACAACCUACAAACUCCCACACCGAGUGGAUGGCACGGGAUUUGUGGUGUAUGAUGGGGCUUUGUUCUUCAACAAGGAGCGAACCCGAAACAUAGUCAAGUUUGACUUGCGGACAAGAAUAAAAAGUGGGGAGGCGAUCAUAGCUAACGCAAAUUACCAUGACACCUCUCCCUACCGCUGGGGAGGCAAGUCUGAUAUAGACCUGGCUGUGGAUGAGAACGGGCUGUGGGUAAUCUAUGCAACAGAACAAAAUAAUGGCAAAAUAGUCAUUAGCCAGUUAAACCCUUACACAUUAAGGAUAGAAGGGACAUGGGAUACUGCCUAUGACAAGAGGUCAGCUUCUAACGCCUUCAUGAUUUGUGGGAUUUUAUAUGUGGUGAAGUCUGUGUAUGAAGAUGAUGACAAUGAAGCCACGGGGAAUAAAAUAGACUACAUAUAUAACACUGACCAAAGCAAGGAUAGCAUGGUGGAUGUGCCCUUUCCAAACUCCUAUCAGUACAUUGCUGCUGUGGAUUAUAAUCCCCGGGACAACCUCCUUUAUGUAUGGAACAACUAUCACGUAGUGAAGUAUUCCUUGGAUUUUGGCCCACUGGACAGCAGAGCAGGGCAGGCUCACCACGGGCAAGUUUCCUAUAUUGCCCCACCGAUCCACCUCGAUUCUGAUCUGGAGCGACCACCAUCCAAGGGAGUAUCCACGUCAGGGGCACUGGGCCCGGGGAGCACCACUGCCAGCACCACGCCGCGGAUGGCCACCAGCAGCACCGGCCGCCCCACCACCACCUCCGCCUUGGGCAGGAGGAACAGGAGCACCAGCACGCCGUCGCCCAUGGCUGACGUCCCCGACGAAAUGACCACACACCUGCCGCCUGCCUCCUCCCAGCUGCCCCCAGUGGGUGCAGAGAGCUGCGACCCCAUGGAAGCUCGUGAUAUUAUGUGGUCUCGUACCCGGCAGGGGCAGGUGGCAAAGCAACCGUGUCCCAUGGGCUCGAUAGGUGUUGCAACUUUCCGGUGUCUUGCACCGGAUGGGAUCUGGGAGCCCCAAGGACCAGACCUCAGCAACUGCUCUUCUCCCUGGAUCAACCACAUCACUCAGAAGAUGAAGUCGGGAGAGAUGGCUGCCAAUAUCGCCCGAGAACUUGCGGAGCACACGAAAAACCACUUGUACGCUGGUGAUAUCACGUACUCCGUGUCUGCCAUGGUCCAGCUGGUCAACUUGCUUGACGUGCAGCUCCGAAACCUGACUCCAGGCGGGAAGGACAGCGCUGCACGCAGCUUAAAUAAGCUUCAGAAAAGGGAGCGCUCUUGCAGGGCCUAUGUCCAGGCCAUGGUGGAGACGGUGAACAACCUCCUGCAGCCACAGGCUCUGAAUGCAUGGAGGGACCUGAACGCAAGUGAACAGCAGCGCGCAGCCACCAAGUUACUCGACACCGUGGAGGACAGUGCCUUUGUGCUGGCCGAUAACCUGCUGAAGACAGACAUCGUCCGGGAAAACACCGACAAUAUCCAGCUGGAAGUUGCAAGACUGAGCACAGAUGGGAAUCUGGAAGAUCUUAAGUUUCCCCAGAACAUGGGCCAUGGUAGCGCCAUUCAACUGUCAGCAAAUACCUUGAAACAAAAUGGUCGAAAUGGUGAAAUCAGGGUGGCCUUUGUGCUGUACAACAUGGGCACCUAUCUCUCCACGGAGAAUGCCAGCAUGAAAUUAGGAACAGAAGCAAUGUCGACUAAUCACUCCGUCAUUGUCAACUCACCUGUCAUCACGGCAGCAAUAAACAAAGAGUUCAGCAAUAAGGUUUACCUAGCUGAUCCCGUGGUUACUGUCAAGCAUAUCAAGCAGUCAGAAGAAAAUUUCAAUCCAAACUGUUCGUUCUGGAGCUAUACCAAGCGUACAAUGACAGGGUAUUGGUCCACCCAAGGAUGUCGCCUCCUGACGACUAACAAGACACACACCACGUGCUCAUGUAAUCACCUAACCAACUUCGCAGUCCUGAUGGCACACGUGGAAGUUAAGCACAGUGAUGCAGUACAUGACCUGCUCCUGGACUUUAUCACGUGGGUUGGCAUCCUGCUGUCACUCGUCUGCCUCCUGAUCUGCAUCUUCACCUUCUGCUUCUUCCGUGGGCUGCAGAGUGACCGCAACACGAUUCACAAGAACUUGUGCAUCAGCCUCUUUGUAGCAGAACUCCUCUUCCUCAUUGGCAUCAACCGGACUGACCAGCCGAUCGCUUGUGCUGUCUUUGCUGCCCUCCUGCACUUCUUCUUCCUGGCGGCUUUCACCUGGAUGUUCCUGGAGGGGGUGCAGCUCUACAUCAUGCUGGUGGAGGUUUUUGAGAGUGAACACUCCCGGAGGAAGUACUUCUAUUUGGUUGGCUACGGCAUGCCUGCACUGAUCGUGGCUGUGUCAGCAGCAGUGGACUACCGGAGCUAUGGCACAGACAAAGUAUGUUGGCUCCGACUUGACACCUACUUCAUUUGGAGCUUUAUAGGACCAGCGACCUUGAUAAUUAUGCUUAAUGUAAUCUUCCUUGGGAUUGCUCUCUAUAAAAUGUUUCAUCAUACUGCCAUACUGAAACCCGAAUCUGGAUGUCUUGACAAUAUCAACUAUGAGGAUAACAGACCCUUCAUCAAGUCCUGGGUUAUAGGUGCAAUAGCUCUACUCUGCCUAUUAGGACUGACCUGGGCGUUUGGACUCAUGUAUAUUAAUGAAAGCACAGUCAUCAUGGCGUAUCUCUUCACCAUAUUCAAUUCUCUGCAGGGAAUGUUUAUAUUCAUUUUCCAUUGUGUCCUCCAGAAAAAGGUACGUAAAGAGUAUGGAAAAUGCCUGCGUACGCAUUGCUGUAGUGGGAAAAGUACAGAGAGCUCUAUUGGCUCAGGAAAAACCUCGGGGUCACGGACACCUGGAAGAUAUUCCACAGGCUCACAGAGCCGGAUUCGUAGGAUGUGGAAUGACACAGUUCGAAAGCAGUCCGAGUCUUCCUUUAUUACUGGAGAUAUAAACAGUUCAGCUUCACUCAACAGAGGAGCCAUGGCUAAUCAUCUUAUAACCAAUGCUCUGCUUCGUCCUCAUGGCACUAACAACCCUUAUAAUACAUUGCUCGGGGAAUCGGCGGUCUAUAACAACCCUUCUGUCAGCAUGUACAACGCACAAGAGCCCUACAGAGAGACAAAGGGGCUUCUGAACAAUGCCAGGGAUACAAGUGUCACGGAUACUCUACCACUGAAUGGUAAUCACGGCAACAGCUACAGCAUCGCCAGCGGCGAGUACCUCAGCAACUGCGUGCAAAUCCUUGACCGCGGGUACAACCACACCGAGAACGCCCUUGAGAAAAAGAUCCUGAAGGAACUCACCUCCAACUACAUCCCUUCCUACCUGAACAACCACGAGCGCUCCAGCGAGCAGAGCCGCAACCUGAUGAACAAACUCGUCAACAGCGUGGGCGGCGGGAGCGAGGACGACGCCAUCGUGCUGGACGACGCCACCUCCUUCACCCACGAGGAGAGCCUGGGCCUGGAGCUCAUCCAUGAGGAGUCGGACGCCCCGCUGCUGCCCCCCCGGGUGUACUCGGCAGACAACCACCAGCCCCACCUCUACAGCCGGCGGCGCAUCCCGCAAGACAACAGCGAGAGCUUUUUCCCUUUGCUGACCAACGAGCACACGGACGACCUCCAGUCGCCCAACAGGGAUUCUCUGUACACCAGCAUGCCCACGCUGGCUGGCAUGCCCAUGACAGAGAGCGUCACCGCCAGCACCCAAACCGACCCCCCGCCAGCCAAAAGCGGUGAUGCCGAUGAUGUUUACUACAAAAGCAUGCCCAACCUAGGCUCCAGAAACCACGUCCAUCAGCUACACACGUACUACCAGCUAGGUCGAGGCAGCAGCGACGGUUUUAUAGUCCCGCCAAACAAAGAGGGAACUCCCCCGGACGGCAAUGCAAAAGGACCCGCUCACUUGGUCACUAGUCUAUAGAAGAUUAAGCAAAAAUUAAGCAAACAGACAACAAACAGCCCCUCCGUAACACUUGGUUUACUGUUCUGAGUUAAUACAAGCAGUGGUAAUAUUGUGUGUACUCCUAAAUCUUCAUGCUGUUCUAAACAAAAUGAAACUCUUGGACUUUUUUUACUGGAAUUUUUAGGCCAGCCCGGAAAAAACAAACAAACAAAAAAAAACAGGAACUGCUGCCCCCCCUCUUCCUCCCCAUCCUUCCUCCCUUCAGACAGACUUCAUUAUGUUAAUGAAAGAGAUAGGACAGAUAACGGCACACUUCGUGGCCUUCUCAAGUUAUGCUGUGUUUGUUUAAACAAUCCUUGAUGCUGUGUUGCUCUUAAUACCGAAGACCUGAUUUAAGAAAAAAAAAAAAAAAAGCAAAGAAAAAAAAAAAGGCCAAAAAUGUGCAUUUGAAACUAGUAGAGAUGACGCAUCUAGGUGGGAGUGCUGCACAAAACAAACGAGCUAGCAAAGCUGUUUAUUACAAAUCCAGAUCACGUAAUGGGUUUUGGUCACUCACAGCUCGGUUUGACCGCAGCACCCUUUGCUGCUGGAGCAAACCAAACAAAAAUUAAUGAGACGGAAGGGAAUCCUAGAAUUAUAUGCUAAACGCAUAUUUUACAUUUUGCUGUAUUAACUGAUGAUAAAAAACUAAUGGCAGAAAAAAGAGAAUCGAACAAUUUCUAUGUAAUGUACAGAUACUAGCAUUGCACAUAUAGUCUGCUUUCUGUUCCUCCAGAACUUGCGUCCCUGUUAAUGUAGUGGAAAAAAAAAAUAAGAACUUUUCUGUUGUGCUGGUCUUGUAAGUUUGUCUACCAGUAGGAGCAAGGUUUUUCAUAACUCCUAUUUUUCUUUUCUUUCCUUUUGCCUCUUCCCCUGCCCCUCCCAUCCCGGUAUAAAGUCUCACUGGGC